AUGCGCACGUACUACAAUGUAUAAAGUGUCACGUCACAUCUCUAUUUAAUUUUUUUUGCAAAAUUGAUUGUAGCGUCACUUGCAUCAUUUAAGCAAAAGUUGAUAUUUAUAAUUAUUUUAAUUCAAGACGAAUUAGUAUAGUAUACGAUUUUUAUUUAAUUUAGAACAUCUUGAUAAUAUAAAAAAAUUGAACAUGAGUGUUGAGGAGGAGGUUCUGAAAAUACAAAGAAAACUAAAUAAAAUGACGGCUCCAGAUGGAACUGGACAAGAACAAGCUUUAGAUCUUCUAAAAGCCUUACAAACGUUGGAUGUGAAUUUAGAUAUAUUAACAAAAACACGUAUUGGUAUGACAGUAAAUGAAUUACGGAAAAGUAGCAAAGACGAUGAAGUAAUCAGUUUGGCGAAAACUUUAAUAAAAAAUUGGAAACGUUUUCUAGGAAAUACGCCGGCACCAUCUUCAAAUUCAUCCAAUAAGGAAUCAAGCAGUAGCAGUACUAAAACGUCCUCUAAAUCAUCAAACUCAUCCGCCAGCGGUAAAAAAAGAGAUGAAGACAGUAAUAAUAAAAAGAAAGAAGAAAAGAAGUCUUCAGAAGAUCGUUCUUCGAAACAAAAUAUACCAGUUCAAACAUCAUUUCCUGCUGUUUCCAGUAUGACAGAUGCUGUACGCCUUAAAUGCCGCGAAAUGUUGUCAAACGCAUUAAAAACUGAUGCAAUACCAGAAGGUUGUGCAACACCAGAAGAACUUGCUGAAGAAUUAGAAGAUGCUAUUUACGCUGAAUUUAAAAAUACUGAUAUGAAGUAUAAAAAUCGUAUACGAUCUCGUGUGGCAAAUUUAAAAGAUGCAAAAAAUCCCCAAUUAAGAAUGAAUUAUUUAUGUGGUGCAAUAACAGCAGCUAAAUUAGCGAAAAUGACGCCAGAAGAAAUGGCUAGCGAUGAAAUGAAAAAAUUAAGAGAGAAAUUUGUUAAAGAAGCGAUUAAUGAUGCACAACUUGCUACAGUCCAAGGUACCAAAACUGAUUUGCUUAAAUGCGGUAAAUGCAAAAAACGUGAUUGUACAUAUAAUCAAUUACAAACAAGAAGUUCUGAUGAACCUAUGACCACCUUUGUUAUGUGUAACAACUGCGGAAACAGGUGGAAAUUCUGUUAAAUAUUUUUUAAUACCGAGAAAGUAGAAAAAAUCAUACUUUUUAAAGAAAGAAAAAAAAUAUGAGGAAAAACGUUAGUAAAUAAUUAUCCAAAUUGCAUCCAAUCAUAAAAACAAUAUUUUACAUUAAAAGUUAUUAACUGACAAGAAAUAUUGUAAUGAGAAUUGUUCUUAUUCAAAAUAAAUUUUACAAAAAGCUAAAACAAUUUUGAUUGGUGUUGUGUAUAUUUCGCAAUGAAAUUUAAAUUAAAGUUAUAAAAAUUAAUUUUUUCUAGUAAAAGUUAAAAAUAAUUCUUAAAUAAAAAGAAGUCAAAACUGUUUGCAUUGAAUAAUUUUUAUGAAUCAAUUUUCAAAGACAGAAUGAUAAAAUGAAUGUCAAAUUAGAAUACAUUUAUUUCUACCCUAAAUACGUACAUA